AUGCGGUGGCGAACUCUCGUGGCCCUCGUCUUUGCACUCUGGUCUGCAGUGGCGGCGCUACCCUCACCCGACGAUGCGAAGACCCAGUCCGCACACGGCGUCUAUACCGAUCCUACACUGAAAGACCCAUUAUGGUGGAAAUAUGGACUGAACGCGACCGCCGAGUAUAAAUACUUCCAUGAGCCGGGCCGUGACGAUAUUUUGGGCCAUUACGAUUCGCGAUACUUCACCGGGCCCGUUGACGACGCAGAGCGCGCAGACGUGCUUACCCAUAUGAUCCGCGCAUACCUCGACUUCUUCAGCGAGAAUGGGCUGGAAACAUGGAUUGCACACGGCACCCUGCUGGGCUGGUGGUGGAACGGGAAGAUUCUCCCCUGGGAUUGGGACAUGGACACCCAGGUCCCCGACACCACGCUCGCCUACCUCGCCGACAAUUACAAUCAAACCAUCAUCACGUACAUAUCAACCGGUACUGGAAAGAAGCGAGACUACAUAUUGGACAUUAACCCGUGGUCCCGACAGCGCGAGCGCGGACAGGGACAUAAUAUCAUCGAUGCGCGCUGGAUCGAUAUCUACACGGGUCUCUACAUCGACAUCACCGGCCUGAGUCAAUUGGAGCCUGACCACCUGGAUAUUUGGCAGUGUAAGAACUUCCACAAGUACCGGCUAAAGGAUAUCUAUCCGCUGCGUUGGACUACGUUUGAGGGUGUUCCGGCAAAGGUGCCGUUCCAGUAUGAUUCCAUGUUGAUGGAGGAGUAUUCGGAAACAGCUUUGACUCUGACGAGGUUCCAUAACCAUACUUGGUUCCCUCAUCUGGCGGAAUGGAUCUCUGAUGAGGCCCUUGCUAAUCUGACUAUUAAAUUGCCCGAAGACCGGCAGUAUAAAUGA